ACGUUGAAAGCCCGCUCUCUGUUGGAUCCAUGUGGCUUUGUGGCUUUACCUGGACUCACUGCAAACAUUCUGCUUUUUGCGGCAACGCGGGACGUUCAACCACCGUUGCUGGCAAAAUAAACAGAUUUUGAUUGAGAAAGAAGUGCUGAUGCACAGUUGUAGAAAAGUGUCAACCACUAAACGUUAAGUUGUUAGAGGCUACCUGCGGAUGCACUGCAGUGGAGUUCCUCUCUAAACUGGAAUCUGCAAAAGGAUCAAAUAAGGAUUAAUCACAGAAGUGCACGAUGCUGAGAAUACAGACCGUCCUUUGGACUUUCUCAUUGCUGUCUGUUGCAGCUGGAUCAGAUUUUAAAGCACGUAACUGCAGUGGGGUUAGAGAAGCUUCUAUUGCAAAAGGCUUCAGCUUUGAAAAUGUUCCUCUCCAACAAAUGUCAGGUGACCAUCUCCGGGUAUGUCCCCAGGGCAAUACCUGUUGCAGCUCAGAAAUGGAGGACAAGUUUGGCCAACAAAGCAAGCUGGAGUUAGAGAACAUGGUUGAUGAAACAAGUAAUGAACUACGAAGCACCUUCGUCUCCAGACAUAAAAAGUUUGAUGAGUUCUUCCUGGAGCUGCUGGAGAACACGGAGAGGUCCCUGAACGAGAUGUUCGUGCGGACAUAUGGCAAGCCUUACAUGCAGAACUCAGAAGUCUUCCAGAACCUGUUUGCUGAGCUGAAGCGCUACUACACUGGAGGCAACGUGAACCUGGAGGAGAUGCUCAAUGACUUCUGGUCGCGGCUGCUGGAGCGCAUGUUCACGAUGCUCAACUCCCAGUACAUAAUCACAGAUGACUAUCUGGAGUGCAUCAGCAAGUACACAGACCAGCUCAAACCCUUUGGAGACGUGCCCAGGAAGCUCAAGGCUCAGGUUACCAGGGCCUUCAUUGCGGCCCGCACCUUCGUCCAGGGCCUCUCGGUUGGUCGAGAGGUGGCCAACAGGGUGUCCAAGGUGAGCAGCACCCCAGCAUGUAUCCGAGCACUGACCAAGAUGAUGUACUGCCAAUACUGCCAAGCCAUGCCCUCUGUGAAGCCCUGUAACAACUACUGUCUGAACGUGAUGAAGGGCUGUCUCGCCAACCAGGCCGAUCUGGACCCAGAGUGGAACCAGUACAUCGAUGCCAUGUUGCUGGUGGCACAGAGGCUGGAGGGACCCUUCAACAUUGAGUCUGUCAUGGAACCCAUUGAUGUCAAGAUUUCGGAGGCCAUCAUGAAUAUGCAAGAUAACAGCGUCCAGGUCUCCUACAGGGUUUUUCAAGGCUGCGGCCAACCAAAGCCCUCAGGAAUGGGCGGCAGGUCUACCCGGGGCGUCUCGGAUGUGUUCAACGCCCGCUUCAGGCCCUACAGCCCAGAGGAGCGGCCCACCACUGCAGCUGGCACCAGCCUGGACAGACUGGUGAUUGACAUCAAGGAGAAACUGAAGCUGUUCAAGAAGUUGUGGUCCAACCUACCUGAGGACAUCUGCCAGCCACACAGGGUGACAGCAGGGAAUGCCACUGAUGACGACCAGUGUUGGAAUGGGCACACCAAGGGCAGGUAUUUCCCGGAGGUUAUGAAAGACGGAUUGACCAAUCAGGUGAAUAACCCAGAGGUGGGCGUGGACAUCACCAGGCCGGACACGUUCAUUCGCCAGCAGAUCAUGGCUCUGAGAGUGAUGACAAACAAGUUAAAAAAUGCCUACAAUGGCAAUGAUAUCUACUUUCAAGACUCAAGUGACGAGGGCAGUGGCUCGGGCAGUGGCAGCGGCUGCACAGAGGCCUGCGUCACUGAGUUUGUCUUUGCCAGCACCGAGGCACCGGUGGUGGGAGCGGACCGGAGCGGGAGUGGACCAGUGGAGGAUUCAGCAGCAGCCACACACCCUGCCCCCUCAGCAGCCCUGCCGGCCAGCCUGGCUCUCUCAGCCCUGGUACUGCACAGGCUAUGGAGAUAAUGCUAGGGGAACUCACCCAACGUGGACAGAAAGAUCUCUCUUUACCCUGUGUUUUUCUACUCAAGCAGACUGGAGCUACAGUCAAGCAGACAGUAUUCAGGCAGCCUUGGCCUCUCGGAUAGAUAGAGGGGUCUUCUCUGCUCUGGAGACAGCAGUCAUGCAUCCUGGAUCCCCCUUCCUCCUCCCAAAAUGUCUGGUCAUUGGUGCCAUCCUUAGGCAGGACUUCACAUGACUCCCGUCACUCCAAGAUAGAAACAGAUGAUCCACCGUCAAACAUUGUUCAAGAAGCCCAAAGGAAUUACUUUAUUCUGGCAUAAGGCAGAUGUUAUUAGAUCUCCAUGAGAAAAAGUCAUUGCACUUUUGGUCUAUUUUUUUUAUGCUAUAGAAGAUUAUUAUGUUGUACCACUGUGGGACUGUGGAGAGGUUGCACCAAGAGGUGAUCAGAAGUUAGAACUAGAACGUCUACUAUGGUAUAAGGUGAUCUCAGCUGGCAGGUAUUGUACUUGUUGACAGGUCAGCAGUGUAGUUUUUCAUGCAUAAAACAAACGCGAGUACCCCAAAAUCACAGAAAAAUACCAUAGAUGCAGUAUGGCUUUCCCAUUAAUUGUUUAUUUCUUCCUUGGUUCAUCUGCUUUAAAUAUUAUUGAUUCUUUUUCUACAUUGACAGAAAAUGAAAAGUAAGAUAUUGUAUAACUCAUACACUACAUAUACAAAGGUAUGUGGACAGCCCUUCAAAUUAGUGGA